GCGCCGGGUGGCUGCCGGCCUGCGGUGGCAGCGUGGCUGUCUGGGAGAGGUGGAAGGCCGGUUCUGCGGCCGACGCUUGCUUCUGCCGGGCAUAGGCGCGAGCUUGACAGUUGCCGCUAUGAGGCUGAAUGAGAACACCAUGCUGCUGGGGAAGAGGGUGGUCUUGGUACCCUACACGUCUGAGCAUGUGCCUAGAAGAAACGUACAGGAAAAAUGAAGCCGAAGUGGAAGACUAUAGCUUCUGGGAAGAAGUCACCCAACUCCUUAGUAUUUUCCCUUUUCAUUCUUCAACUGGUUGCUAGAUUUUUCAGUACCAUGAAUGGAUGCAGUCAGAGGACCUGCAGCGUUUGACAGCCUCUGAGCCAUUGACCCUGGAGCAAGAGUACGGGAUGCAGCGCAGUUGGCGGGAAGACACGGACAAGUGUACCUUCAUUGUGCUGGAUGCGGAGAAGUGGCGGGCCCAGCCAGGCCCCAGUGAGGAAAGCUGUAUGACCGGAGAUGUGAACCUCUUCCUCACAGACCUGGAGGAUCCCACCUUGGGGGAGAUUGAGGUCAUGAUUGCAGAGCCCAGCUGCAGGGGCCGGGGUUUCGGCACGGAGGCUGCUCUUCUAAUGAUGUCCUAUGGAGUGACCAAGCUAGGUCUGACCACAUUUGAGGCUAAAAUUGGGCAAGGAAAUGAACCCAGCAUCCGGAUGUUCCAGAAGCUUCACUUUGAGCAGGUGGCCGUGAGCAACGUCUUCCAGGAGGUGACACUCAGACUGACAAUGACGGAACCCGAGCGGCAGUGGCUUCUGGAGAAGACCAGCUACGUGGAAGAGAAGCCUUACAGAGAUGAGCUGGCGGAGCCCAGCUGACAGCUCCCAUGAGAGUGGGGUACCGAGGCCACUACUCCAAAGCCCAGAGCCUGCAUGAGGGUGACAUGCUGGUGCCUCCGAUCCCGCCGCAAGCUGGCGGUCACCUUUCUGGGCUCUUGUGGGCUUUGCCAUGCCAACCUCUGCCUGGCAGUGCCGAGUAACUCACUUCCAGACAGGCUGGAGACUCACUGGGGUGGAUGGCAGGGAUCCAUCCCAAGGAUGGGGUGGAGGUGGAAGUGGGAGGGGGCUGGGCGCAGUGGGGCAGGCCUUUCUACAGGGAGGCCCUGGCUG